CAGUUGGUUUUUUUUUUCACAGUAGAGAGAGAGAAGAAAAGAAGGAAAUGAGGGUGAGAUAGUUGGGGGUUACACAGACCCAGUGAGGAGAGAGAGAUUGAGGGAAGCUAGAUUAGGGUUUCAAGCUCGUUUAGGUUCUGGGAUUUGACCUGAAAUUUGUCUCUCUUGUGAGAAAAUUUUCUGAUCUUUCGUUUAAUUACCCAGUGAUAUCACCGCUAUGACUUUUUUUUCGGUGAUGAGGGCCGAAGCUUAGAGUUUGAUCACAAGGGUGUCCCUAAUUUUGGUUUCUUAAGGACCACUUUUGCUCCCGUUUGGGCUUCCUAUUAUUCAGUUGCUCCAAAUCAGUCUCUGGCUUCCAACUCUUUCCCACGUUUCUUUGCCUUCAAAAAGAGAAGUUUCUGGUUCAUCAUAUUUUAAGCUUUUUCAACAAUCUCAGAUUAAGAAAUGGCUGUCUCUCUCACCCGUUUUUCAUGGUGGUGUUUAGGGGGUAAAGAUAAUAAAGAGCCUAUUCCUAACGGGUCUUUCCUAAAUUCUUCAUUUGAGUGGGGAUUUGGUCUGAGGGAACCUGAAACAGUCCAGUUCCCUUCUGUUAGGGGAAAAAAGGUAGCUUCCUCUAAUGGAAAGGUCAAGCCAAAGUGGCAGAGUAGGGAAGAGAGGAGUGUGGAGAGGGAGUGCGAUUUUGUGAUGGUACCAUCAGACGGUGGUUCUUUGUCAGGGUUGGAUUCCGAUGGAUCUGACAUGUCUAUUGGCUGGAUGGAACCUCAUGGCCCUGGUUUUCAGAUUGAUGAUGAGUCUGAUAAUGGUUUUGCAGUACUUGUUCCUUGCUAUAGUCCUGGCUACAAAGAACUUGUGGAGGAUUCUGACAAUGCGAUUUUGAGUGCCAUCAAGAACCUUCCUAUUGAGUUCUCUCCUGAUUGCAAGAACUACUACGUGGAACAAGUGCUCUCUUCCCUUCAGACCUUUGGUGCCUAGAAGGAGCUGAUUUUCUUAUCAUGGAUGGCCCUGUCUAAAAGAAUUGUUAGUUUACUAGUACUAGUAAAUAAAUAUAGAGACCAUUUCAGAAUACAAGGUGCUGUUCGCUCACGCUGCAGCAAACUCGAGCCGAACUGCUGGGGAAGUACAGCUUUCAGAUUUGGUGAUAACUUUUAAUCCAAUUGAGAUUGAUUUUGCUACUGUCGACCUACUCAGAAGAUUGAUUUUCAGCGCAUGCUAAAUUCUGAUGGUCCUCCUAUAGUCUUUGCUUAGGUGCACUGCUACAUGUGCAAAGAGUAAUGUGAAAUAUGAUGGAUUCUUUGUUUGUAAAUACAACCUUUUGUGAAUAUUUUGAUCAUGCUUAUGCUUUUUGCUCCAUGCUGCUGUAAAUAAACUCCGCUUUUGGAACGUUAAUCAAGGGCCAAUCUAUUUCUGAAUUUUUCUCUUCA